AUAGCUCUGAUGAGAUCGUAAUCGUAAUCAUAGUUCAGUUUGAAAUUGGCCAAAACAGUGGUGAGCGGCACUAUCGAUUAGUUUCAUAAAGCUAGAACCAGUAUUAAUGUCGAUAACGGAGAAGGAUCUCUACCGGGACACUCCGGUUCGAUAUCUUGGUUACGCCAACGAAGUCGGGGAAGCAUUCCGGCCCAUUAUCAAGAAGAUAUUCGUUCACGCUAGCUAUGCCGUCUCGAUCGGUUACGUGCUCGCGGAUACGGCGGACAAGUCUCGCAAGCAGUACCAGAAACCAGUGGCGCUCGGUGGAGGUCCGCGUGGAGCGGCGAUUGCCACAGGUGACACCUUGAUUUGGCAAAUGUUCGCAUCGGUCAUUAUACCGGGGUUCACCAUAAAUAGAAUUUGUUGGGCAACCAAAAAGGCCCUUAAGGCUAGCAAGGUGAAGGGUCCACUGGGAAAAUGGAUUCCCACCGCCAUCGGACUGGCAGCGAUUCCCUUCAUCAUUCAUCCCAUCGAUCACGGGGUAGAUCUCGUGAUGGACGAAACCUACAGGAAGUUUGUUAAAUAAUGCCACACUGAGUUUGCUAGCUUAGUAAAACGUGGAGGUGUUAGAUUUGUCUCGAAGUUAUUCGUCAAUUUCACGAACGCAACAUAUGACAACAACUAUUAUACACAGUCGCUCUCGAAAAAACUAAUCGCAGAAAUAUGGAAUAGCAGAUAAAACUUUAACCCUGGGUAUGAACUGCUGUGAUAAAUAAAAUAUGUUAUGAAAAAUGCUGCUCAAUACCGGUGCUAACACGUGUUAUAAGUGCAAUGAAAUAAAUUUAUUGAAUUAUUCGUUCGAAGCCAGCGAAUAUCUUUAGCUCUGG